AAUCGUUAUCUUCUCGCUCGAAAGAGAACUGUGCCGGCAAGAGAAGAAGCUUGAGAUAAUUCGUAAUAAGAAAAAAAAACGCGUUAAUAAAUUUCACGCCGAAAUUUUAAUUGGUUCUUAUCGUUGUUGUCGCUUGUGGUAGUGAUAAAUGUUACUAAAAGUAACACAAUUACCGGUAGAAGCCAAAUAAAAACAUGGACGAAAAGCAGAGAGAGUCAUUCCUGUUCGAUAAAUCCUACAGAUAUCAAACGGCAAGAAGGAUGUUAGGACUACUCCUGCUUUUAACUUGUCUAACAACAUCGACUUACUCUUUGAACGGGGAAUUAGUCGAACAAGAAUGUCCGGUGGACUGUCACUGUCACUACUUUCGUAUCAACUGGGUUACCGAUUGCUCGGAAAGCAACCUGACAAGCAUACCAUAUAACGAACUCAGUCCUAAUGUCUACAUACUUGACAUGAAUGGCAAUAACAUACAACACGUUGGAUCAUUUCCACAUGGUAUUAAGCUGAGGCGACUGCAGAUGGCACAUAAUCGACUUGCCCAACUCAAUUACGAAUCUUUCGCUGGACUGACGUAUCUCUUGGAUGCGGACUUCUCCUACAAUGCCAUAACGAACGUAGAUCCAGAGGCUUUUAGGGACAGUCCAGGUUUGAUCACGUUGGAACUUCAGAACAACCCAAUAGCCACGGUGGAGGGCCCUUUCCUAAAUUGUCGGACACUACUAUAUUUGGAUUUGAAUAAUUGCGGGAUUCAUCAACUGAAUACACGAUUUUUUCAUAACACAACGAAUCUGAACAAACUCGACUUGUCUUACAAUCCCCUUCAAAGGAUAGAACCUGGCCCGUUCGACCACUUGACAAAUCUCGAGUAUCUCCAGUUGAACGGCUGUAACUUGACUCACCUGUCUCCCGAUACGUUUGCGCAUCUGGAAAAUUUACGAGAACUCGAGAUGCAGGAGAACGAUUUGAAAGAAUUGAGUUGGACAAACGUCUUAGCUCCUCUUAUUCGUUUGGAGAAUCUCAAUAUAAGGAAAACUUCGAUUAAUUAUUUGCCGAGAGAUGCUUUCGCUAAAAAUUUGUAUCUUCGACAAUUGGUAUUAGCUGACAACGAACUUCAACAUUUGGACGUUGGCAAUACUCUUGGUCAUAACUUGCACAGCUUGCAAUCGUUGGAUUUGUCCAAUUGUAAUCUUCAGGAUCGCUUAUCCGAAGAAGCUUUUAAAAACGCUAGUAAAUUACGAGUAUUAAAUCUUAGCGGCAAUCCAAUGUUGGCUGCUGAUCUGACUGUAGUCUUACGCCACUUACCUAAGCUUCACAAACUCUCUCUCAGUCAUUGUCACUUGCGUAAAUUACCGACCGCUUUCGAGGUUUUUGAAAAUCUCGAAGAACUCGACAUCUCACACAAUCCAUUAUCGGAUGCUUUCGUUACUUUGUUAAGUCCAUUAAGCUCCUUAGAAUUUUUGGAUAUGUCUUACUGCGACCUCGGCCAUGUUGGAAAUAAUACAUUCGCUCAAAUGACUUCUCUUAAGAAACUGAUACUAUCAGGAAACACGCUUCACACUUUGGAGGAAGGCUUAUUCGCCAACUUAACGAGAUUAGAAAGUUUGGAGAUGAAUAAUUGCGAUCUUCGCAACCCGAUCGAUCUAAGGGUUUUUGGUGAUCGCAACAUCACAAACGUGAUCGAGUUGAAGCUCAGUGGUAAUCCACUUAGCGUCCCAGAGAAGGAUGCCCUCUUACCAACGCAACUAUCCAAUCUUGAAAUUCUUGAUAUAAGCGACUGUGGCCUUUCACACUUACACGAGAACGUAUUUUCCAAAACAAGAAAUAUCACUCGAUUGAAUCUAUCUAAUAACAAAAUAUCCGAGGCAAAAGAUCUGUCUAGUUUGAAAUUAUUAAGAUCUUUGGAACACUUGGAUCUCAGCAAUAACUAUUUACAAUCAAUUGAUUACAAAAUCUUCAAAUCAAAUCCGAAUCUCUUGUCGGUUAAUCUCUUAGGUAAUCCAUUCGUUUGUAAUUGCUCGGUCGUAGAAAUGUGGGACUGGGCUGAAAAAGUAAAGAAUGAUCUUCAUGUACUAGUUGGUAGUCAGCCUGCCAACUUUGAAACGGGUGGUGAGAAACUUCGUAAGAGUUUAACUUGCACUUACGACGACAAGACUUAUCGAACCGUUAUGGAUCAAAGUAGACCGUUCGUUCGUAAGGGUGAUCUUACACCUAAUCGCACAUGGGCGAAAUUCAUUCGCGAAUCGAAUUGUACUCGUCGUUUAUGAUAUCAGAAGAAAACAGGACAACACCCAAUAUUGAACCCAUUAAUCCCCAAGCAUAAGCUCGAGUUAUAAACGUUUAAUAUUUUUUACGGUUGUGUCCAAAUCGUAUUACAUUUAUAUAGGUAUUUCUGUUUAUAUUCUUUUUCUUUUUUAAUUUUUUAAAUUUUAUUUUUUCUGUUUCUUUUUCUUUUGUUUUGUGUUAAAAGAAAAUUGAACCGCUAUGAGCAAACAUUGGAGACUAAUAUUUCGUUCUAGUAUGUGAUCAAUUUAUUUAUAAUACAUAGUGCCCCAAAGAUCAAUCAAACGAAAUAUAUUUUAUUACGAUUUUUUUUUCUUCAGAUAAAGAUUUUGGUUCUAUAUUAGAAUAAUAUCUAUAGUUAAGUUAAGCUAUAAGUUUCUAAUUCAUUGUUUAUUUAUACAUACCCCUGUAAUAUAUCGUAUGCCAUAUUUUAUCGAAAAGUUUUCGAAUUUGUAACUCACGACAGAAAUUAACGGUUUAUUGUUUCCUUCUUUUUAUUUCUGUUUUUCUUUUCUCUUACGAAGAAAAGAUACAAACUAUAACUAGUUUUUUGGUUUUUGUUUUCUUUCCCAAACAUAUUCCUCGAAUCUCACGUUAUUGUGUAAUUUACUUAGUAUAACAAGCCUUUUUUCUCGAGAAAAAUCGAUCAUAAUCGUUACUGCCAAUUGAAACUAUGAGAGUAAACAAAAUGAGCGAAUAUAAAAUUCAAAGAAAUUAAUAAUGAUUGUAUAAUAUGUGCGAAGUCGAUAGAAAAGGAAUUAAGAACUUUAAAAAUCUUAUCGAUAUAAAUCGAUUGAAAAUUAUUUAUUAUUUAAUAAUUUUUCUAAGGAAAUAUAAGGGUGUCGUUAGAUGAAUUUAUUUCUUAGAAUAUUUCGAUUUAAAAUCUUACAAAUUUUGUAUCUGAGAGAAUAAGAGAGAACUUAUUAUAAGAGAGAAAGAAAAAAAAUAAGAGAGAGAGAGAGAGAGAGAGAUCAUAGAUAAGAAAUGGUUUGUAAAUUUUACUGAUGUAUAGUUUUUUUUCAAAUUCCCAAGUUGUGUGUUUUGUUAAUACGUGUAUAUAUAAUAUCAUAUAAAAUUUUUUUUCUAUAUAAAAAAUAAUGUUUAAACAUUCAAAUUAACUUGUUCGACUCGAGAAACAAGAGAGCACAUGUUCUCGAUCCUAUCAUUAAAUUCAUGUAAUAAUAUUUCGAGUAAGAUCAAAAUUAAUUUUUGUUAAAUUGAGUCUUCUAUAGACAUCUUGACCUGUAUAUUAAAAUUAUUUGCAAGAAAAUAAAAAUAUAUAAAAGAAAAUAAAAUAAAUGGAAGUAUAUAUAAAAGAGAAAGAAGACAAAAUAUAUUCCAAACAAAAAAUGGCUGCACAGAUGAAGAAUAAAUCAAUCAUCGAUAAAUUGACAAAUAAAUGAAUAAAAAUCGUGUAAAUAUGUUUGUCGUUAUAUUUCCGAAACGAAGGAGAAAAUAAAAAAGGAAAAAUAAUGCAAAAGACUGUGUCGUUUGAAUAAAUGUAUCGUUUUUUCUUCCUACGAGGAUGAGAGUUCAAAGUUUUUGUAAUCCCCGACUUUCAGCAUUACAUUUAUUGUUUUAUUUAUAUAUAUAAACAAAUAUUUCGUCAUUUCUUGCUAAAAAAGAAAAUGUAAUAUUUCGGCGAUUGUAGAAUUACUGUGUUUAAAAUCGCAUUUCUUUGGAAUAAAAGAAUAAGAAAUGAUAAGAAAAUGAUAAAACGACACUUGAAAAUAUGAAUAUUAAAAAAUUAAUCGACGAAGAAUAUCAUGACAAAACAUAAAUGGCUCACUUGAUAUCUAAUCGUAAAUGUUAAAAGUCGCAAUCGAAAUGAACAUGUGAAAAAAUAGUAAAAAUAUCUUUUUUUUUAUUCUUCUUUAUUUUUUCAUUUAUUUUUAUCGUUCAUUUCUGUCCUUGACUAGAUGUAAUGUUUCAUAUCUUGAAAGUAAAUAAUUAUUUUUUUAAAAAAAUGUGAAAAUGAAUUAGAAAUAGACAAAAAUAUAUAUUUUCUUCUUAUAGCGGAGCUAAUUUUUAACAAAAUAUAUUUUAUACAAGAUAAU